GCUGAUAUUUUAUCUAGUUCAUACACUAAGUGGUCACACAGAAAGGCAGAGCUGGCUGCAAGUUUUUUCAUCUGCUCCACGGACAUUAUUAGUCUUGUUUUUGCAUCAAGUUGGUGUUUUUUUUGUGAUUUUUGAUAUCACCUGACGCCAUGAGUUCUCUGCUAAAGGACACAAGAAGAGGCUUGAAACCGAGCAGUAGUUCCCCCAUUGACCUCAUACAAAAUCAUGUUGAGUUGCUGAGCAGCAAGAUGGACAAGCUUAUGACCAUUCAAGAGAAGGUCCUCAGUCGACUAGAUGUGAUGUCUCUGAAGACUGACAAGGGGGAGGUCCAUCACCCAGAUGCAGGAGUAAACCAGACCCAGGUCAUUGGCCAAGAGGUGAAGGAGAUCUGUCAGGAGAUGAGCACCAUAAUGUUGGCGGUUAACGAGCGAUCAGAGCAGCAGGCUCAGAAGCUUGAAGGUAUGGAGAAACUGGUCCUCGGCAUGCAGCAAGUGAUCAGCUUCAUUGGGGAGACAUUGAAGAGCUCCCGGGUCAUGGGGCUGAUCUGCAGAGGUCCUACAGCCCGAAAAGGCGCCAAACCCAGAGACAGUAAAGGCAAGCCGGCCACCAAGCGGAAAUCCUCCACAGAGGCCGUAAACAAGACGCCUGAAAAGCUGAAAGACAACAAAGGCAAAGACGGAACAGAGGAGCCCCAUUUGAACCUGAAGGGUCUGAAAGUUCAGCAGAAGAUGAAGAUGAAGCCCCUGGAAAUGACAGACCAAACCACAUUGAAGAAGCAGGCAGUGGUUCUGGAAGACGUGGAAAAACUCAACAAGGAGAACAGUGAGAAAACAGAAGAGCUGAGCCCCACUUAUCUGGAACCUGGUGCAUCUCCUAAAUGUCAAGAAGUCCAAACCACACUGAAGAAGAAGGCACUGGUGCUGGAAAAGGUGGAGAAACUCAACAAGGGGAUGAGGGAGAAAAUGCAAGGGCUCAGCCCCGCUUAUCCAUAUCUGGGACUUGGUGUGUCUCGUAGAUGUCAACAAGGUGAUGUCCCCAAACGUAUCUCGGUGGAUUUCCUGCAAAAAGUGGAUGUGGCUGUGAAACAGGAAUUUGCUAAGGAGGUUGCAGAAGAGGAGGAGGUUGGGGAAAAGGUGCAUGAGGGAGAGUUAGAUAUGCUAAAAGAACCAAAGGAUGAUGUGGAGGAGGUAAUAAAGAAGAAAGAUGAAAAGAACGAGGAUGCUUCUGCUGUCACCAAAGCUCUGGAGGUUGCUGAUGAUGCUCAGAAGGACAACCUUGUUUUAAGCAAUGUCCAUCAAGGUGCCGUACCAUCUCUGGAUGCUGAGCAGGAUCAGACGGCACAGAUCAGCACAAGUACCACCACACUGUAUGUAGAGGAGGACAAGGAGAAAAAUGAAGGAGACAAAGAGCAGGAGUCUGAGGGCUGGGCGGUCUUUAAGGUUGAAGGAGUUGAAUUACAGCUCGAUCUAAAGGAAAAGGUGGAGGGACAGGGGAAAGAACACAAUGGAGCAAGAGAAGAGGUCAAUAAUGAAAAUGCUGCACGGUUCUUUAUAGACAAUGCUCCUCCUCCAGAGGCUCCUUUUAAUCACCGCGUUGUCUCAGCUAAGCCCAACCACAUCAAGAAUUUCUACACCAUCUACUGGCAGGAGGUGCUGGGCGGGGGUCGAUUUGGCCAGGUGCACAAAUGUAUUGAGAACUCGUCUGGUUUGACUUUCGCAGCAAAGGUCAUAAAAGCCAGGAGUCCAAAAGAAAAGGAGGUUGUAAAGAACGAGAUCCAGGUCAUGAACAAUCUGGACCACGCAAACCUGAUCCAGCUCUACGCAGCUUACGAGACCAGGAAUGACAUCAUCCUUGUCCUGGAGUAUGUUAGUGGCGGUGAGCUGUUCGACAGGAUCAUUGAUCAAAACUACACUCUAACCGAGCUGGACGCUGUGAUGUUUAUCAGGCAGAUAUGUGAGGGUGUGCGGCACAUGCACAAAAUGUACAUCUUACACCUGGACUUAAAGCCAGAAAACAUUCUCUGUGUGAACAGGGUCACAAAUAAAGUGAAGAUCGUCGACUUUGGUCUUGCCAGAAUAUAUAAACCACGGGAGAAGCUGCGGGUGAAUUUCGGUACCCCAGAGUUUAUCGCCCCUGAAGUGGUUAACUAUGACUUUGUGUCGUUCAACACAGACAUGUGGAGCCUGGGCGUCAUCACGUACAUGCUUCUGAGCGGACUCUCGCCCUUCCUCGGUGACAACGACAGUGAGACUCUGAGUAACAUUUUGGCCUGUCAGUGGAACUUUGAAGAGCAAGAGUUUGUCACCACGUCCAAUGAAGCCAAAGACUUCAUCACCAGGCUCCUCAUUUUCAACAAAAGUUUCAGGAUGGGAGCAUCUGAGGCCUUAAGGCAUCCAUGGCUCUCUGACCCAGUCCUUCAUCAUCAGCUUCAUACCAAGAAAAAUAUGUGCAGAUCGCGGCACUCUUCAUGUGUGUUUACAACACAUACUUAA